AUGCCUCAGCCGAAUACUCUAACCCACGCCAAAGUCGAACUCGAGGAUGAUCCUCAUCGUGCUGCGCUGGAGGACAAUCCCACUACGCAGCCGAAGACGGGAGCCCGAGUCUGGAUUGCCAUCUUUUCAAUGGCAUUGUCCUUCGGACCAGCUGUUGGUCUUCCAUUCGUCUGUGUUGCUAGUAUCGUUGUGCAGAUAACGAAUGAACUUGGCGAUGCGAGUCAACUGCCGUGGGUCGUAGGAGCAUGGUCUCUCGCGACAGCCUGCUCUUUCUCCCUUGGCGGUCCCUUCAGCGAUAUCUUUGGACGUCGAAGCAUCAUCCUUGCAGGCCAAGUUGUCGUUCUGAUCGGUAACAUUGUUGGAGGAACCGCCCAGAACACCCAAAGCAUCAUUGCAGCCGAGACCUUGGUCGGUCUUGGAACUGGCUUUGUGUUUGUGGCGUAUGCAGGUGUACCCGAGAUGCUUCCCAACAAAUGGCGGUCUCUCGGCCUAGGCAUUCUCGAGGGAGGAAUUGCCAUCCCCUGGGCCGUGGUGAGCGUUCUCCUCGCAAAUGCCAUGUACAAGUAUGCGACCUGGCGAUGGCUCUUCUACAUCGCCAUCAUCGUCCAGGCCAUCUCCUUGGUUGGUACAGCCUUGUUCUACUGGCCCACGUCUCAUCCCCAAGGAGAUUUCGACAAGUCACGCUGGACUCAGUUCCGAGAGAUCGACUGGAUCGGCCUUGGCCUGUUCACAGCCGGGCUCGCUGUAUUCCUGAUCGGCUUGACCUGGGGCGGCAGUGCUUCUCAUCCAUGGAAAAGCGCCAGCACCAUCGUACCUAUUGUUCUUGGGCUAUUCACCAUUGUCGCCGCUUUCAUCUACGACUUUUUCAUUGCUAAAGCCCCCAUGUUUCCUCUCAGUCUCUUUUCUACCAUCCGUGGCUUUCUUCUUGUAAUUGUUGUCUUGUUCAUUUCGGGAAUGAACUAUAAUUCCCUUUCUGCUCUGCUUCCUCAAGGCUCCCUCUACAUGUUCACCACUGACGGCAUCGAGAUUGGCGUUCUGGCAUUGCCCAACACCCUGAUGCAAGGCGUUUGUGGUUUCCUGGUUCCUCUUUUCUCCCACAAGAUUGGUCACAUCAAGUGGCAAUUUGUCGCCGGCACAGCAUUCCAGGCUAUCUUCAUCGGAGCCAGCGCCGCAACCGUCAAUCCUAACCACAAACUCGCCUGGGCGUUUGUACCAGCCUUUGGAGUUCCAAUGUUCGUCCUUUGCACCAUCCUGGGAUACUCCAUCGCCAGUCUACAUGUCCCGCAUUCUCAUCUGGGUCUCGCGAUGGGUCUCCUGGGUACCUUCCGAUCAGCCGGCGGUGCGGUCGGAAAUGCCAUCUUCAACACCAUCUUCCAGGAUAAGUUCAAGACUUAUUCUGGCGAGGAGAUCGCUCGCGCUGCACUACAAAGUGGCCUAAACGCCACUGACCUGGGACUAAUCAUCCCGGGUACCAUUCAGCAUAACCUUGGUGUCCCUGGUGCUCUUGACGCCGUACCCGGCAUGACACCAGAGAUCCAGGAAGUGCUUCGACAUGCAGUCAGACUAGCCUACGGUCGCGCAUUCCAGUUCGUAUUUUACAUCACAAUUGCAUUUUCAACUGUCGCUGUUAUUUGUGCCUUAUUCGUGGAGGACCCGACUGCUUUCAUGACGAAUCAUGUUCAAUCUGCCAUGGUUGGUCGAGGUCAUACCGGGGUUGUUGAUGGAGCUGCCCCGGUCUCGAGUACAGAUGAUAAGCCAACUGAGAGCCAUGAUGAGAAGAGCGAUGGCAAUACUGCAGGCGGAGUUAUAGUAAGCCUGCUCCUGAUGGUGAGUCUUUACCAUUUGGCAGCAGAAGCCUCGCAGAAAGAUCUCCGUCACACUGUAGUGCCAGUUGGUUCCUUCGUCGCUACUGCGCUCCUCUGUCCUCUGUUGUACCUGGAACGUUUGCGCUCAAUCAGGCCAGCCGACCUCGUCGUUGUCUUCUUGAUCAUAUCUUCGGGAUGUGAUAUGGCUCUUGCGAUACAAGAAGGGUUCAAGGGGUGGAUGAUACCCACCACAAGGAUUGCUCUGAAGAUUCUUCUGAUUGCUACGGAAAGCCGAAACAAACAACGGAUUCUCAAACCUCUCUACUCUUCCCAAUCUCCCGAAGAGCUCGCAGGAAUUCUAAGCAGGACAUUCUUCUGGUGGAUCAUCCCCAUUCUCGCCUUGGGAAACCAGAUAAUUCUUUCUGUCGAUGACUUGCCUCCGAUUGACCAGCUGCUUACAUCGGAGAAGCUCCGUCGUGAUGGCUUGAAGGCUGAAGAGUAUGCUACCUCGGUUCAUGGCACCAGUCAUCCUUCGAUUAUGUCUGAUAUUCUUUCGUUACGCGCAGCCGGCUCUUAUCAGCUCUGCGGUUCAUAUACUAAGCAGCCACUCCGAUGGAGACAGACCGAGGCUUUGCUUCAGAAGCUUCGAGCGCAAGAAUUGGAGAUGGCUAAAAAAGUGCGGUGGAUGAUGGUCGCGUAUAACGCGAGUGCAAAUGCCCUCGGCAUAUUCUCUCCUAUAUUAACAUUUGUCAUUUUCGUGCUGUAUGCUAAUCUUCGUGGGUCGACUCUCGACGCCGAGACUGCAUUCACGACAACAGCACUUCUUGGGCUAGUAACCCACCCAGCAAACAUGAUCAUGACGAUUGUGCCUCGUGCCAUUGGCUCUCUGGCUGCUUUUGGAAGAAUCCAAGACUAUCUUGUCCGGCCUGGUCGAGCGGAUGAGAGACUUUUGUUGAGACGAAAAGACGAUGAUGCUUUAUCAGCAAUUUGCUUUGAAGCCAUCACGGUUCAGUCCCAUUCAUCAUCACGCCCAAUCCUCGAAAACAUCAAUUUCACCGUAAAUCAAGGCUCGGUAUUCAUUUGCGCUGGAGCAGUUGGAAGCGGAAAGACAGUCCUUGCCCAGUGCAUUCUAGGCGAAAUCCCACUGUCAAGCGGGACAAUCUCCGUCUCCACCAAGCGGAUUGCUUACUGCGAACAAUCACCCUGGUUGCCGAGUGGAACUCUGAAGGAAGCGGUUUGUGGCUUUGAAAAGUUCGAGGCUGGCUGGUAUAAGCAAGUCGUCAAGCUUUGCUGCCUUGAUGAGGAUAUCUCAGCCUUCCCGCUUGGGGGCGAUACUUUGAUUGGGAGCCGGGGCCUGAAGCUCUCUGGAGGUCAAAGACAGCGUUUGGCACUCGCCCGCGCUGUAUAUGCUCGGUGUGAAAUUGUACUUCUUGACGACAGCUUCUCAGCUCUUGAUCACAACACUGAGGGAAAGGUCGUUUCUAAUCUUCUGGGAACCCAUGGGCACUUCCGCAAGACAGGCACUACAGUCAUCUUGAUCGCCAACUCUACCAAGCACUUUAGUCUGGCCGACUCGUUGAUCAUUCUGGAGAAUGGAAGAGUCACAUACCAAGGGUCACCAAACGCAAUAAAUGAAGAAGCUGCACAUUUACAUCACACGCCUGUCAGCGCGGUAGGUUCCGAAGACAAGACCGAUCUUAUCGAAUCAAACGAGACAAUUCAGAGCCAGGCUCUAAAGGUAAAUGAGGCUAUGGCUGAUUUGGGUAGAUCAGCAGGAGAUUUCUCUCUAUACGCUUCGUACUCAUUCUUUGUGACCUUUCCACAGUAUUGGCUGCAGAAGUGGACGGAAUCACCAGGCUCUCAGACGAAAUUCUAUAUCGGAGGCUACCUCAUUCUUUCACUCCUAGCCUGGACAGCCACGAAUGGGUCAAUGUGGUCUACUCAUAUGUUGAUUGCGCCAACAUCGGGUGCUGAACUCCACCGACGCUUACUCUCCACUGUCUUUGGCGCUCCAUUGCUGUUCUUCUCAAUGACAGAAACGGGUUCGAUACUGAAUCGGUUCAGUGAAGACAUGCAACUCGUCGACAAGAGCCUACCUCCGGCAAUACUCUCCCUUUCCAAUCAGGUCUUCAAAUUACUGGUGCAGGCGACGCUGCUUUUCAGCGCCCAGAAACUGCUAGCUGCCACGUUGCCAAUCUGCAUUUUGGUAGUCUACGUUGUGCAGCGAGUGUACCUGCGCAUAUCUCGACAGCUUCGUUUGCUCCAAUUAGAAUCGCAGUCUGCAGUUUACUCAAGCUUCCUUGAGUCUGUCGAGGGUGUCGUCAGCAUCCGGUGUUUUGGCUGGGUGAAGCAAGCAGAGACUACCAACAUGGGCUGUCUUGAUAAGUCCCAGCAACCAGCGUACAUUCUGCUUUGCUUGCAGCUCUGGCUCAACAUUGUUCUUGACUUGGUCAUUGCCGCCAUGGCAGUGAUCCUGAUCACUUUGGCAGUCUUCUUGGAGGGCAGCACAACAGCUGGCCAGAUUGGCAUGUCGUUGAACAUCGUCCUCGUCGCCAACUCGACACUUUUAGCGCUUGUCACGUCUUGGACGAAUUUGGAGAUCUCUCUCGGUGCUAUAUCGCGUUUGAAGACACUGGAAGCAAACACACCAGCAGAAGAACAGCCAACGUCCGGAGCGACAAUCCCUGACAGCUGGCCUUUACGUGGGGCAGUUGAGGUCCGUGACCUGACGGUCUCUUACGAAGAGACGAACGUGCCGGCCUUGAAGAACAUCAACCUAUCCAUUGACGCAGGGCAACAUUUAGUGAUCUGUGGUAGGACAGGCAGUGGGAAGAGCACUCUCCUUCUCGCCUUGCUCCGUCUUCUCAAUGCUCAGUCGGGGGCCAUUGAAGUUGAUGGAAUCGAUUUGAACCUGGUUCCGCUGUCGUUUAUACGUGAGCGAUGUUUUAUCACUGUUACACAAGAUCCAUUUCUGCUCGCACAGGCGAGCCUUCGCUUCAACCUGGACCCUUCAGAAACUCUUUCCGACAGUGCCAUCAUGAAGGCACUUGAACGAACUGGGCUCUGUGAACAUUUCGACAGCAAUCCGGAGGCAAAGCUGGUAGAUAUUCUGGACGACCCUCUCAAUUCGUUGCCUCACAUGUCAACUGGCCAAACCCAGCUGUUCGCCCUGACAAGAGCUAUCCUACGAGCCGAGCAUUCUUCAGUUACAGGAGCAAAGCCUAUUCUGCUGCUGGAUGAGGCGACAUCAUCGGUUGAUGGGCUCACAGAGUCAACUAUGCGGCGUAUUGUGAAGGACAUUUUUACGGAUAACGGACACACUGUGAUUGAGAUUACGCAUCGUUUGUCUGGAUUUGAGGGUAUCGCGAGAACUGGAGGACAGAGUCAACAAGUGAAAGUUAUUCUUCUUUCGCAGGGAGAGAUUCAGAGUCAGAGAGGAAUUGAGGAUGUGCUCGAUUUUGGCAAGGCGCCUUAG